AUGGGGAAGCUAGUUACUAUCGUCUCCGCCAUCUUCUUGGCAACUGGAGGCUUCCUAUUCGGAUAUGAUAGCGGCAUUAUCUCAUCGACUCUGGCUCAGAAACACCUCCUCGCCUACUUCGGCGGGGGGAUAACCGACUCUGAAGCUGGCAGAAUUGUGUCCUCCUUCACUGGCGGAGCUAUUCUGGGAUGUCUUGCAGUAUCCUUCUUGGCGGAUUGGAUUGGUCGGCGAAUGACAGUCUUUACUGGGUCUGUGAUUGCUGUUCUGGGCUCGGCCAUCCAAACAGGUGCUACAUCCAUCGCCAUGCUCAUUGCUGGCCGCUUAAUUGCUGGAUUUGCGAUCGGAAUUCUCAGCGCUGUGGUCCCAAUGUACUGUUCGGAAAUCGCCCAGGCAGAGAUUCGUGGUGCUCUUUCGGGUCUCCUUCAGUGGGUGCUUAGCUGGGGCUUCUUUGUCGCACAGUGGCUGGGUUAUGGAUGCUCUCACGUUGACGGUCACUUCCAGUGGCGAUUCCCUCUCGCGUUCCAGGUCCUGCCUGCUCUUAUCAUGUGUGGCGGCAUUUGGUUUCUCCAAGAGUCGCCGCGUUGGUUGAUCGAGAAGGAGAGAUACGAAGAGGCUCGCCAGGUGCUCUCGAAGCUCCACGGCGAUGGGAAUAACCAGGACAUCUUGGAACUGGAAUUCCAAGAGAUCCGUGACACCAUCGUUGCUGACCGCUCACUCGACAUCGUACCAUGGAAAGCCAUCUUCACACGCGCCACUUGGCGCCGCCGUCUCCUGCUCGGCUGCGGUGUGCAAGCAUUCGGCCAGUUCUCUGGCGUAAAUGUCAUCAACUACUACGGACCUCGCAUCUACGACGGCUCUUUUUCCAUUGUAUACUGCACAAUCGGACUCUGGGCUCUGGAGCGCGUUGGAAGAGUCAAGCCUCUCAUCUUCAGUGCGACUGGCUGUGGCCUGUCCCUUGUCGUCAAUGCCGCUCUGUCGAGCUAUCUCCCUUCAGACGAUAACAACCAACUCAGAGCAAUGGUGGCCAUGAUCUUCUGCUUCUCUUUCUUUUUCACCAUGACCGGAAUUAUUUCCUGGGUGUAUCCAGCAGAACUCUUCCCGAUCGAAAUCCGAGCCAAGGGAAAUAGUAUCGCUACCUUUGUCAACUGGUCCUUGAACCUGGUUUUCGCCCAAGUGUCUCCAAUCGCCUUCACCGCUAUGGGCUUUCGAUACUUUUUUAUAUUCUUUGUCUUCAACAUUAUCGCCGCCUUGUCAUACAUCUUCCUCUACCCCGAGACUUCGGGUCGAACUCUUGAGCAGAUGGAUGAACUCUUUGGUGACCAAAUCGUACCGCAUGCUAUGAAGGAACCUGAAGCAGCGGCUAAGGUCAUGGCAAGCACCCUCGAGGACACCCACCAGGAUGAAAAGAAAACCGAGGUCUAA